CUCCCACACUCUAUACUCUCUCUCUCUCUCUCUACAUAUACAUACACAUUGCGCACAGUGAGUGAGUCUGUAAAAGUUUGUGUCUUUUGAGACAGAAAGCCCAUCAUCAUGCCUGAGGCACCAAAGGAUCAAACUCAUCAGGAGGGCUGCAGUGUGGCUGAGAACAACAAGAGAAAGCUGGAAUUCAUUGAGGACGUGACCAGAAACGCUGACGAGGUUCAAAAGCGUGUUCUUGCUGAAAUCCUGUCGAGAAAUGCCGAUGUUGAGUACUUGAAGAGGCAUGGCCUCACCGGGCAGGUUGAUCGACACACUUUCAAGAAAAUCAUGCCCGUUGUUACUUAUGAGGACAUCCUCCCUGACAUCAACCGCAUCGCCAACGGCGACAUGUCUCCCAUUCUCUGCUCCCGCCCCAUCUCUGAGUUCUUGACCAGUUCUGGGACAUCUGGUGGGGAAAGAAAGAUGAUGCCUACGAUUGAGGAAGAGCUGGGGAGGAGAUCAUUGCUUUACAGCCUUCUGAUGCCAGUGAUGAGUCAGUUUGUGCCUGGAUUGGAUAAAGGCAAAGGGAUGUAUUUCUUGUUCAUAAAAUGUGAGACCAAGACCCCGGGUGGGCUCCUGGCCCGACCCGUUUUAACCAGUUACUACAAAAGCUCCCAUUUCAAGGACAGACCCUUUGAUCCCUACACAAACUACACCAGCCCAAAUGAAACCAUUCUCUGCCCCGACUCUUACCAGAGCAUGUACUCUCAAAUGCUAUGCGGGCUUUGCCAGAACAAGGAGGUCCUCCGAGUCGGGGCGGUUUUCGCCUCCGGCUUCAUCCGGGCCAUCCGGUUCUUGGAGAAGCACUGGACCCUUCUUUGCCAUGAUAUCAGAACCGGGACACUUAACUCCCUCAUCACCGAUCCGUCGGUGAGGGAUGCUGUGUCCCGGAUCCUCAAACCCGAACCAAAGCUGGCGGAUUUUGUUGAGUCCGAAUGUAGCAAAGAGUCAUGGCAGGGGAUCAUUACUAGGCUCUGGCCUAAUACCAAGUACAUAGAUGUUAUUGUGACAGGGACAAUGUCACAGUACAUUCCAACUCUUGAUUAUUACAGCAACGGAUUACCCCUUGUUUGUACAAUGUAUGCUUCCUCGGAGUGUUACUUUGGGGUCAACCUUAAUCCUCUUCGCAAGCCCAGCGAUGUAGCUUACACCCUUAUCCCGACAAUGGCCUAUUUCGAGUUCCUGCCCGUUUACAGAAACAACAGCAUCACUCACUCCAUCGCAAUCCCCAGAUCCCUCAAUGAGAAGGAACAACAAGAAUUGGUCGACUUAGUCGAUGUCAAACUCGGACAGGAGUACGAGCUCGUUGUCACCACUUACGCAGGGCUAUACCGAUACAGAGUCGGGGAUGUUCUCCGUGUGGCAGGAUUCAAGAACAACGCCCCACAAUUCAACUUCGUCUGCAGGAAAAACGUCGUCUUGAGCAUCGACACUGACAAGACUGAUGAAGUCCAGCUCCAGAAUGCGGUGAAGAACGCUGUCAGCCACCUGAUGCCAUUCGACGCCCGUCUCACAGAGUACACCAGCUACGCCGACACAACAACAAUUCCAGGGCACUACGUGCUCUAUUGGGAGCUCAUCCAGAGCGGCACCAUCCCAAUUCCCCCUUCAGUCUUUGAAGACUGUUGCCUGACAAUCGAAGAGUCCCUCGACACCGUCUACCGACAGAACAGAGUUUUCGAGGCCAUCGGCCCUCUGGAGAUCAAAAUCGUGGAGGCAGGAACGUUCGACAAGCUAAUGGAUUACGCCAUUAGCCUAGGGGCUUCGAUCAAUCAGUACAAGACGCCACGGUGCGUGAAAUUUGCCCCCAUUGUGGAGCUGCUGAACUCCAGGGUUGUUUCCAGCUUUUUCAGCCCAAAGUGUCCGAAAUGGACAACUCCUGGCCUCAAGCAAUGGAACAAUGUUAUGGAUUGACAACUACAGAAGCACCAACUCUGAACUGUUUUUGUGAUGAUUUUAGUAUUAGGAACUUAAUUCUCGUACUUAAUUAACCAAUGAUCAUUUUUAUGUUCUUCUCUUACAUUCUAGUAUCUUUAGCUGCUAUUCAUUAUGGUAGAAUUGAUCUCAAUGAGUAGCCUUGUAUAAAGACAAUCACUUCUGCUUUCUUCCUUCUUUAAUUUAUCCCAAUAGUUUGGCCCAACA